AGGGAGGAAAGUGUGAUCACAAGGCUGAGACUGGUUUCAUCAUUGUCAGAAGGAGAUGGAGACAGUGAAACAUGUUCCAUUUCAGUGCCAACAAUAUGUGAGGGAAAGGGAGAAUUUGUUGUUAGAUUUAAGGAGUAAUGGGGUUAAGGAGCCAAUAUUAAGUGAACUGCUGGGGAAAUCUUCAGGGGGUGUAGUAUUUAAUGAUGUAUUUUGCUUCCUUAGGGAGAUGAGAAUAAUGGGUAGGAUUUAGAUCUUCCGGUCUCUGGUUAACACUCCAGUCCAGCUGGUGGCGGUAAUGCACCUUAAAAAAAUCCAAUGAAGAAGAAGAAAACGAAAGUAGUUAUUUCUCAGGACAUCCAACGCUCUGGGAGAUACAUCUAUAGUUUGAGUUUGAAUCCUUGGGCAGUGAAGCACAGCAUGGGUUGGAUACUCUUCUACUGUGUUUUGACAUUGAUGGUUGGCCUUCUUGAAUGCCCCUCGAUUGGUAAUGGUAUCAUUCUUAAAACUGUGAAUUUGAAGGACAAUGUCACUCUCCCUUGCAAUGGAACCUGUGACAUUGGCAUCGUUUGGAGGAUUGUGGAUGGCCAGGUCGUUGCCAAGAUUGAUCAAGGAAAAUUAAUUGAAGGAAAGCGCUUUGAGAAGAGGGUGGAAAUCAACAAAGACCUCUCUCUCUCAAUCAGCUCUGCUGUGUACAAUGACAAGGGCUCAUAUGUGUGUGUCUGUGAUAAUCGGAAUGUUGCAGAUGUAAAGCUAGAUGUUCUGGUCCCGACAGAAAUAUCAGCUCACGUCGGAGAUAAUGUCACACUUCACUGCUAUGGCUCGACCAAUAAGCAGGUGACCAAUGUUGAGAUGUAUGUCCAGUGGGAGAAAGAUGGACAGACUGUGCUGAAGAUUGACCCGACCAAUACUACCUAUGGCCCUGGAUUCAUGAACAGGACAUCAGUGACCAGGGAUGGUUACGGAGAGGGUGACCUCUCUCUCACCAUCACCGGUGUACGCUCGUCUGACCAGGGAACCUACCUGUGCUUCUUCAACCGGGAUAAUGACCCAGGAUAUCCACAUGGAGUCACUCUCACUGUCAAAGAAAAGCAAUUGGAGCCUGCAAUGAUUGAUAGUGAAAGGAGUAGAGUACCAGUGAUAGUAAUAAUUAUUCUACUUCUGUCAAUCAUUUUUGUGCUCGGGUUACUGGCGAUGUACAAGGGAAACAGGAGACAGCCAACAGAGGACUACACAGUCACUAGAACAGAGGACAGCGCGAUGAUUAACAUAGCAUCACCACCACAUCUCUCCAUCGAGGAACUUCCUGUUCCAGUUCAGGAUAGCCAACCGCUGCCAGGAGUCCGAAGAAUCCAGAGUUGUUGUGAUGAUCAUCUUGAUGAGAUCACGUGCCCUGAGGGGAUGGAUGAACGCACAGAGGAAGAGGAGGAGCUCCAUCUCCCUGUUGCUGAACGUGGGACACUGCUAGAGCAGAAGAAGAGUAACACAGGGAGUUGAGUUAUGUAUGAAGGUAGUCUGUUUUGGUUGACAACUUCUUUGUUGUUGUGAAAUGUUCUAUGUUCACUGAAGUGGAUGUGGAUGUCUUCCUAUCAUAGUUUACUGUAUGUAUCGGUAGCCAAUGACUGUAGCUUGAUUGGCUUGGGUCAAAUGAUACAGGGUUUGUUUUGUCUAUGGCCCAGUCUUAGCUGAUGUCCAGCCUAGUCUUCCAGCCUCACUGGUGGCUUAAAUUGUUUAAUCUCUUUGGUGGUGGUGCUACUGAUAUUGUAACUGGAAGGUUUACUGGUCAAGCUCAACGUCACAUCUAAUCUGGCCUUGCUUGAUAUCUCAGGGGAUAUCACAGUACAUGUAAUACACAAUACCCCCACAAGAGGGCAUACGUACACCAUAAUUUUUUAUGUGAACUGUGAAUAUUUUUGGGUCAGUGAUCCCUACCCUAAAUCCUAACCUUAAACCACAAGCAAUACCUUAAUCCUUACAUUAAACUAUUUUACAUUUCAACUUCUGUGGGGUAGGCACGUCCCAAGGAUCCUUGAUAACAGAUGAAUGUAUUAUUAUAACAUAUUACAUGAUAUGUAAUAAAUAUACACAUUUGCUAAAUGAUUAUAAAGAAUAUUUGCUAUA